AUGGGAAUCGGUAACAAGCAAGGUCAACAUACCAUGGACUUUCAUCAUCAUCUCCACAUGCCGAACUUCCAUGGGAGCGGAAAGGAUCUGAGAGAUGUUCCGAAGGGGUGUCUAGCAAUCAUGGUGGGGCAACAAGAAGCAGAGCAGCAGAGAUUUGUGAUUCCAGUGAUGUAUAUGAACCAUCCGCUGUUCGCAGAGCUGUUGAAGGAGGCGGAGGAGGAGUACGGGUUUGCGCAGAAAGGUCCGAUCGCGAUUCCGUGCGGAGUGGAAGAGUUUCGACACGUCCAAGGCGUGAUUGAUAAGGAGCAGGAGGAGUUACAGGGACAUCACCAUGGCGGCCACCACCAUAGCCACCAUCACCAUGUUUGGUGUUUCAGGGUUUAA